UUGUAUUGUUAUGAACGAGGAGAUUCCCCACUUUUCAGAUAUCGUAAAUUAGCACUUCGUUGGCAUCCGGACAAAAACCCGAAUAACAAGGAAGAUGCUGAGAAGAAGUUUAAGCGAAUUGCUCAAGCUUAUGAAAUCUUAUCUGAUCCUAAAAAACGAAGUUCAUAUGAUCGAUCGGGUAUGGAUUUGAAGACGAAUCGGUCACGACGGCAGUCAUAUGGUGGCUUUCAUCACGAAUUCCGCUCUCCAUUCGACGUUUUUAGAGAUUUUUUCGGAAGCCGAUAUCCUUUUGAUUUUAUGUCGGAUGAUCCAUUCCAAAAAUGCGAUUUUGAUGAUCGUUUCGGAUUUCACCGACCGAGUAAUCGAAUUUCUUUAGUUUUCAAUAAAAAAUUUUUUGAUAAAAAAUAUUUUAGCUCAUUCUCAACUGUAAUUCGAUUUUCAACAGGUGGACCUGGCAAAAAUGCUUUAACCCGUAAAACCUCCAUAAGUACGAAAAUUGUUGAUGGUGUUAAAGUUGUUACUAAAAAAACGGAGGAUAAUGGUAAAGAAACCAUUGAAGUCUCAGAAAAUGGGGUCCUAAAAUCACGCAUAAUCAAUGGAAAUACAGUGGAAACUGCUGCAUAA